AUGAAGACCUUCUCUUUCUCAAUCAUGCUCGCCAUACUCGCAGCAGUCACAACAAGUAGUGCUGCACAUUCAACUACCUCGUCGACAGAGCCAACGAUCGUUUCGACGAGCACCUUGGUUGAGACAUUGACGCCUUAUGUGUAUCAGACGUCGACAUUACCUACGACUUCGAGUGUGAGUACGAACACGGCAUCAAACACACCAACUUCGACGGCCACCGGGACAAGCGGUGGUUACAGAGUCCAAAGUGAUGGCUUUGAGCUCGUAUGGAUGGCUGUUGCACUGACUGGGAUUCUUGCUGCUUGA